AUGGACAUUACAAAAUCUUCAGGAUACAGAGAUUUCAUGUGGGCAGUUAAUCUACAUCGUUUAGGUUUCGAAAUGGUGGGCUUAUGGCCUAAAUCCAACAAAUGUACUAAAAAAAGUUUGUGGCCAGAAAUUUGGAUUGGCAUAGUUUUUAUUUUAUUAAUAUUUGUUUCUAAUAUUCCGAUGAUAUGUGCGGUUAUAGAAGUUUGGGGUAAUAUGAUACUUGUGAUAGAUAAUUUACAUACAACGUUACCCCAAUUGAUAAUAUCAAUGAAAUACGUUAUCUUUCGACGGAAACAAACAGUUCUCUUGUCAAUUGUAAAUAUGAUGGCGGAAGAUUGGAUGGCAUUCAAACUGGAUGGAGAAAGAGAUGUGAUGAUAAAACGAGCACAAACAGCGCGAUUAAUUAUGAUGAUUGGAUAUGUUCUCGUGGUAAUAAUGAUUCUUACAGUAAUUACUCUACCUUGUUUUGGCAUUCAAAUAAUAUACGUAACAAAUAUCACGGGUGUGCGUAAACUGUUACCGUUGAAGACGUAUAAUUUCUACAGUACGGAUAAGAGUCCGCAAUUUGAAUUAACAUUUUUCAUUCAUAGUUUGACGGCCUUAUUAGGAGGUACUAUUUAUAUGUGUGUAGAUUUUUUUCUAGUACUAACAGUUCUUCACAUUUGUGGCCAGUUAGAAAAUCUUAGAUGUCGAUUAAUUAAUUUGAUUUCAUGCAAAAAUUUCAAUAAAGUUUUAAAUAAUAUUGUGGCUACCCAUUUACGUCUUAUCAGAUUUGCCGACAAUAUCGAAAAUACAUACUCUGCAAUGAUGUUGAUAUUAAUGUUACAUUUCUGUAUUGUAUUUUGCCUAAGUGGGUUUUUACUUACUAUUGUAAUUCUAAAGAUUAAAAAAAGACAAAGAGUAAAUUUCGUAUGGGCAGUUGAAUUACAUCGUUUAGGCUUGAAAUUGAUCGGUUUGUGGCCUUCAACCGACGAAAUUUCUAAGAAAAAAUUGGGAUCUAACAUUUGCGUGGGUUUCAUUUUCAUUACUGUAAUAUUCAUUUCUGGUGUGCCACUUGUAUGGGCGCUUAUACGAGUUUGGGGCGAUAUGGUACUUAUGAUAGAUAAUUUACGAAUUACAUUACCUCUUAUAGUGGUUUUAUUGAAAUUUAUUAUUAUGCGAUGGAAACGAAAAGUUCUUUUAUCCAUUGUCAAUAUGAUGGCGGAAGAUUGGAUAUCAUUAAAAUUAAACACGGAAAGAGAUGUAAUGAUAAAACGAGCGCGAUCGGCUCGAUUACUCAUAAUUUUUGGAUUUGUUUUAAUGACAUUUGCAUUUAUCAUGUUAAUUAUUUUUCCUUGCUUUGAUAUACAAAUAAGGCACAUAACAAAUCUUACUGAUCGGAAAAAACCGCUACCACUGCAGACGUAUUAUUUCUACGAUACAGAUAAGAGUCCGCAAUUUGAGUUGACAUUUCUUGUUCAAGCUGUAACAAUUUCUCUAGCAGGUAUAAUUUAUACAUCAGUAGAUGCUUUUCUUGGGCUCGUGAUCUUUCACAUAUGCGGUCAAUUAGAGAAUUUUAGAUGCCGUUUAGUCAAAUUAAUUUUGUGCAAAAAUUUCAACCGAGCUUUGAACAACAGCGUAGUGUAUCACUUAAGACUCAUCAGAUUUGCUGAUAACAUUGAAAAAACAUUUUCGUUAAUGAUGCUUGGAUUGGUAAUUUAUUUUGGUAUCGUAUUUUGCCUAUGCGGAUUUUUACUUGUUAGUGUAGUUACUAAUCAAAAUAUAAAUAAUGCGAAUGUCGCACAAGCAUGUUAUAUGGCAAUUGCUGCUCUUAUCUUAUUGACACAUACAUUUCUGUAUUGUGGUGCCGGAGAGCUUAUAAUAGGACAACUUUUAAAAACGUCGGCUGGCUAUAUAUCGUUUUUACUGGCAAAAAGAAAUUGA